GGCGGCGCGGGGCCGGGUGUGUGUGAGUGCGUGUGCGUGUGGGGUGCGUGUGAGCGCGCGUGUGCGUGUGCCCGCGUGUGCGUGUGAGUGUGUGUGCCCCCGUGCCUCUAUGUGGCUGUGUGUGCGUGUGCGGGUGUGGAUGCGUGCGCGGUGCGUGUGCCCUUUCCUCCCUUCUUCCUCCCUUUCUUUCUUUUCUCCUUGAUUUAUCUCCCCCUCUCCCCGGUCAUCCCAUGGUGUUCAGGUCCCCGCUAGAGCUUUAUCCCACCCAUUUCUUCUUGCCAAACUUCGCCGCCGAUCCGCACCACCGCUCCCUCCUUCUCGCCAGCGGCGGCGGCGGCGGCGGCAGCGGCAGCGGCUCGGGCUGCAGCCCCGGUGCCGGCGGCGGUGGAGGCGGCAGCUCCCGGGCACCCCACGAAGAGUUGUCAAUGUUUCAGCUGCCCACACUCAACUUCUCCCCGGAGCAAGUGGCCAGCGUCUGCGAGACGCUGGAGGAGACUGGAGACAUAGAAAGGCUGGGGAGGUUCCUCUGGUCGCUGCCGGUGGCGCCGGGGGCAUGCGAGGCCAUCAACAAGCACGAGUCCAUCCUCCGCGCCCGGGCGGUGGUGGCCUUCCACACGGGCAACUUCCGAGACCUCUACCACAUCCUGGAGAACCACAAAUUCACCAAGGAGUCCCACGGCAAGUUGCAGGCCAUGUGGCUCGAAGCGCACUACCAGGAGGCCGAGAAGCUAAGGGGUCGCCCGCUGGGGCCGGUUGAUAAAUACAGGGUGAGGAAGAAGUUUCCGCUGCCCAGGACCAUUUGGGAUGGCGAGCAGAAGACGCACUGCUUCAAGGAGAGGACUCGCAGCCUCCUGAGGGAGUGGUACCUGCAGGACCCUUACCCCAACCCCAGCAAGAAAAGGGAACUGGCUCAGGCCACGGGGCUCACCCCCACGCAAGUAGGCAACUGGUUCAAAAACCGAAGGCAAAGAGACAGAGCAGCGGCGGCUAAAAACAGGCUCCAGCACCAGGCGAUAGGACAGAGCGGCAUGCGGUCGCUGGCAGAGCCCGGCUGCCCGACACACAGCUCGGCCGAGUCUCCGUCCACGGCGGCCAGCCCGACCACCAGCGUCUCCAGUUUGACAGAAAGAGCCGAGACGGGCACCUCCAUCCUCUCGGUAACCUCCAGCGACUCGGAAUGUGAUGUAUGAUAUCGGAAAACAAACAAACAAACAAAAAAUCCAAAUCCAAACAGCCAAGCACCCUCUCCCCGUCCCGAGAAAACAAACCGAGGCAACCUAGAAUCAGGACACACACACGCAUGCACGCACACACACAGCCGGGAGGAAAGAAAAGGCCAAACCCGACCCAAACAUAAUAGCAAACAAACAGACAGGGAUCAGAGAAUCCACCACCACCACCGUCAGCCAACACCACCACCAAGAGAUGGAGCUAAAACUUCAACAGUCACAAACGCUGGUGCUGCAGCGGGAAGGGUGGGGGGGAGGGCGGGAAAUAAUAAUUAUUAUAUAUAUAAAAAGAAAGGAAAAAAAAAAAAACAAAGCAAAAGUGACAAUUGUAUUCUUUUUAGGACAAGCACGAUUUCUCCUUUGCGCUUUUCCAUGGACGCAUUUCACCCACUUGCAUGAUGAUGAUGAUUAAAUUUGUAUCUGGGAAAAAAUAUUCUCUAUAGUAAAGGAAAACAAACAGAAACCAGACAAACAAAUGCAAACUCUGAUCGAAUUUGUACAAAAAUCAAAAAUAAAAAAAAAAUUAAAAGGAACUCCUUGAAGAGGGAAAUAACAAAUGUUUAUCGCCUUUUUGUUGGUCCUAUUUCUCUUUCUCUCUUCCUCUCUCUUUCUCUGUCUUUUUUUUUUUUUUUUUUUUUUUUUUUUUUUUUUUUUUUUAGUCCGAGUGAUGGUCCAGCCAAGAUGCAAUUUUCUGUUUUUUUGUUCCGCAGACAAUCAUUUUAUUCGUAAGCACCUUUUUUUCUACACUUCUGUCACUGCCUGUGUGGGUACUGGUUAUAAAUGUGGAAAAAGAAUAGUUAUGACUGUAACAGAUUUUUAUUUUUAUUUCAAAAUUUUAUAUGAAUUAUGUAUAUCUUAAUGAUGCGGUCAUUUUCCCAGUUUGUAAUAUAUGUGUAGAAAUGCUUGUAUAUGAUAUUUGCUCUCCUCUUUCUUCCUCCCCUCUCUCUAUCUCCCUCCAACCCUUUCUCUCUCUCUCCUUUUUAUUUUCCUUGACUCGGUGUUCCUUGCACAAACUUAGCCGUCAAAAUCUGACGUGCUAGGUUUCCAAAAGGGACCUCAGCGAUAGAAGAAAAAAAAAAAAAAGAAAAAGAAAAAAAAAAAAGCUUAGGGUGCAACUGUAGUUAUCUUAUGCAAAAGCUAUUUUGAGUAUUUCAUAGCAGCUUUGGGGGGUCUCUUCUUAAACUCCACGUAGGACGCUUAAACUAUUGUUUCCUUAACUGCGUGUUUAUCUAUAUGUACAAACUUUCUAAAUCAAAUACAGUAUUCCAUUUUCUUAUCUA